AUGCUUAUGCUGUCAUCAAAAUGGGUAAUAUACAGCUUAUUGGUGAUCCAUUGCGUCGACGCACAUUGGUCGCGCGUCGUUCGCCAAGCAGGAUACUCUUAUCAACGACCUAGCGUGCCCUUUUCGUUACCAACGGAAAGAGGCAGUCAACAAGGAUAUCCAGCAUCUCAACCUAGUUAUUCUUACCCUGCUCCACCGCCACCGCCACCGCCACCGCCACCGCCACCGCCACCGCCACCGCCACCUCCACCUCCACCUCCACCUCCACCUCCACCUCCACCUCCACCUCCACCUCCACCUCCACCUCCACCUCCACCUCCACCGCCACCCCCUCGACCGACAUACAUACCACCUCCUUCUCGACCACCUCCUCCACCACCACCUCCUUCUCGAAUACCUCCUCCACCACCUCCUCCGCCGCCACCACCACCUCCACCACCUCCGCCACCGCCAUCUCUACCUAGUUAUUCUUACCCUGCACCACCACCAUCACUUCCGCCACCGCCACCGCCACCACCACCACCUUAUUCUUAUCCUGCACCACCACCAUCUCCACCGCCGUCGCCAUUCCCUCCGCGUCCACCUCCGCCACCACCACCAUCCCCACCUAGUUAUUCUUAUCCUGCACCACCACCACCUCCACCACCACCUCUACCGCCGCCGCCACCCCCUCCGCCUCCGCCACCACCACCUCCGCCACCUCCACCAUCACCACCUAUAUCAACACCUGGACCAACGUACUUACCACCAUACGAACAAGGAGCUGCUGUUGGAACGUCAGCUGCGCCCAAUAUAGGCGCCAUCUCACAGUCUGCUGUUCAGUUGGGUGGUUCUUCAGGUCUUUUAAAUGGUUUUCCCAGUUUUCCGGCAAUCGGCGUGGUGAAGUUGAGUGAACCAGCUGGCAUCUCGAGCUUUGCAACUGCCUCGAGUUCGGCUAGUGCUAGUGCGUCCACUGUGUAG